AUGCUAAUCGUUUUUUCCUUAACCCUUCUGUGUUCUUCGGGUAUCACGGACUAUAGAUAUGGUCCUGAUGAUGAUGAUGAAGAAGAAGCAAUCAACGUUACUGCUAAUGGUAAGUCAAAAGCAUCUUUGAAGGAUGUAACUGAAGAAGAUGACUCGGAAUCAGAAGAUGAUGAUGACUCAGAUGAUGAUAUGAAUGACUCAGAUGACUCUGAAGAUGAAGAAGAAGAAGAAGAAGUGAAGCCUGUGAAGAAACCUGUUCAAGCUGGAAAAAGAGCUGCUGAAAGUGCACCAAAGACACCGGUUUCUGAAAAGAAACGAAAAUCCAACGCUCCACAAAAAACAGAUGGGAAGAAAGGUGGACAUACAGCAACCCCAUAUCCAUCAUCAAAACAAAGUUUUAAGAAAGGAAAGAAAAAUGGGAAUAGAUGAUAGAUUAUAGGUGUUAUAUAUUAUUAUUAUUAUUAUGGGUUUGGUUUGUUUUUGGGGCUUUUGUUAUUAAACACUGAGGGAUAUAAGUAGCUUUGUUUGAAUUAAAAAAAAA